UCUCUCCUCAUUUUCAAAACUACAGCCUAAUCCACACAAAACCCACCACUGUGUGCCCCGCCUUCCAAAAGCUCUCUGGUGUAGCCCCCAAGUCCAGUGCUUUCAUUACCAGCUGCACUUCCACUCAUCUUUGUAGCUCCACUCCCUGUUUUUCUCUCUUUCCUUUUCUUCCAUUUUCCUCUUUCCACCCGUUACCGUGUUUAUCAAGAUUGGCCACUCAUUGCUUGACACUCGCACUCACCUUUUUGUAGAAUCAAUAAUAUAGUACUUUUGCACUUGAACUAUAUUGAAUAUUAUCAUGUUUAUGUGUGACGAUGCGUCACGCAUUGGAUCAGCAACGUAACUCAAACUGUGUUCGUACGGCAAUCUGGAUCCUGAAAUUGAUUGGAAUUUCGCUACGCUGUUUCUUCUGAUUCUGAUUCUUGUAUGUGCUUGUAAUUGUAUUGACUGUGUCGAGCUUGGAAGAGGAUGAAGCCGAAGUCUGACCAGUUUAACGCAUUUUGUUGGAUAAUUUACCUGCUAAUUUCUGGGUAACUGCCCAUUUGCUGCGCGGAAUUUGGGGUUCCAUCAUCAUAAACCAGUAUCCCGCAAUAAUUGGGACUAGAUUAGUUUCUACGGAGGCAGAGUUCAGAGGCCAGACUGCCACAGGGCAGUGUUGCAGCUCACUGUUUUAGGAAGCUGUUGAACUGUCUUCGGCCUCAUGAAUUUGUGGGCAAUUUUAGCAUCAGGCUUUUCUUCAAGUACUUUCUUUUAAGUGAUGGGUUGUGUAUAUUCAAGGGUUUGCAUAGGUGAGGUUUGUAGUCCAAGAAAUUCCAGGAUAAAUGAAGGUCGAAAUGCGAAAACCGGUGAGGCUGCCUGGUUGUCUCCUGCAUCCUCGGAUGUUCAGGAAGGUGAAGUUAGAGACCAAUUGAAUCAAUUGAGCUUAACCAGAGACUCUGAAGCGGGCAUCAGAAGGCUAGCUAGGGUUUCAGCGCAGUUCCUACCUCCCGAUGGCUCGCGAGCAGUGAAGGUCCCUUCGGGGAACUUUGAAUUGCGUUAUUCGUACUUGUCGCAGAGAGGUUAUUACCCUGAUGCGCUCGAUAAGGCCAACCAAGACAGUUUUUGCAUUCACACCCCGUUUGGUACAGACCCUGAUGAUCAUUUUUUUGGGGUUUUCGAUGGGCAUGGAGAGUUUGGGACUCAGUGUUCACAGUUCGUGAAGCGAAAGUUAUGUGAAAAUUUGCUUAGAAAUAGUAAAUUUCGGGCAGAUGCUGUGGAAGCCUGUCAUGCUGCGUUUUUGGCCACAAACUCGCAGUUGCAUGCUGAUGUUUUGGAUGAUAGCAUGAGUGGUACCACAGCAAUUACGGUUUUGGUUCGGGGUAGGACUAUAUACGUAGCCAAUUCAGGUGAUUCUAGGGCGGUGAUCGCAGAGAAGAGAGGAAAAGAUAUCGUGGCAGUAGACUUAUCCAUGGACCAAACACCUUUUAGGUCAGAUGAACUCGAGAGGGUCAAGCUUUGUGGAGCUAGAGUUCUUACUCUGGAUCAGAUUGAAGGUCUUAAGAAUCCUAAUGUUCAAUGUUGGGGAACAGAAGAAGGAGAUGAUGGUGACCCGCCUAGAUUGUGGGUGCCGAACGGGAUGUACCCUGGCACAGCUUUCACUAGAAGCAUUGGUGAUUCAAUUGCCGAGACCAUUGGGGUCGUUGCUACCCCGGAAAUUGUUGUCUUCGAGCUUACUCCAAAGCAUCCUUUCUUUGUGCUUGCCAGCGACGGUGUCUUUGAGUUUCUAUCUAGCCAGGCUGUUGUUGAGAUGGUUGCUAAAUUCAAAGAUCCUCGUGAUGCUUGUGCUGCGAUUGUGGCUGAAUCUUAUCGACUAUGGCUACAGUAUGAAACUCGUACGGAUGAUAUCACCAUUAUUGUUAUUCAUAUUAAUGGACUAGCCGAUCCUGCUGUUGGUCAAUCUGCCAGUUAUGGUGAUAUUCCUAGAACUCCAGUUCCUCAGGUUGUUGAGGUGACAGCAUCAGAAUCACCUUCCACCCUGAGCUGGAACUCCAAGAACCCUCGGGCAAGGCAUGACUUAUCAAGGGCGCGUAUCCGAGCAAUUGAAAACUCCUUAGAAAAUGGACAAACUUGGGUUCCUCCCUCUUCAGCUCAUAGGAAAACAUGGGAGGAAGAAGCACACAUUGAGCGGGCAUUGCAUGAUCAUUUUCUCUUCAGAAAGCUUACUGACUCCCAGCGUCAUGUUUUAUUGGAUUGCAUGCAAAGAAUUGAAGUUCAACCUGGAGAUGUUAUAGUCAAACAGGGUGGUGAAGGUGACUGUUUCUAUGUUGUUGGUAGUGGAGAAUUUGAGGUCUUGGCAACUCAGGAGGAAGAAAGUGGGGAAGUGCCUAGGGUUUUGCAGCGCUACACAGCAGAAAAAUUGUCUUGUUUUGGAGAACUUGCUCUAAUGUAUAAUAAACCACUUCAGGCCUCUGUACGUGCUGUAACAGAAGGAACUCUGUGGUCCUUAAGGCGAGAAGACUUUCGAGGAAUUUUAAUGUCAAAAUUCUCUAACUUAUCAUCAUUGAAGUUGCUUCGGUCUGUAGACCUCCUUUCAAAGUUGACAAUCUUGCAACUCAGUCAGAUCUUGGAGUCCCUUUCUGAAGUUUCCUUCUCAAAUGGUCAAACAAUAAUUGAUGAGAAUGAAGCUGCUGCGUUGUACAUAAUUCAGAAGGGACAAGUGAGAAUAACUUUUGAUUCAGAUUUACUGAGAAACCCAAAUGCCUGCAGCCUGAAGCCUGACAAUCAGAAUGAGAAUGAUCUCCAGAGCACGAAGGAGCUAUCAAUAGAGAAGCCUGAGGGGAGUUAUUUUGGUGAAUGGACUCUUCUUGGUGAAAAUAUUGGAACCUUUAGGGCUAUUGCUGUCGGUGACGUGUUAUGUACCGUACUAACGAAGGAAAAAUUUGAAUCAGACAUUGGCCCCUUGAAAUUGUUUUCUCAGGAAGAUCAGAAGUCAAGGGACAGUUCCUCAGACUAUUUGAAGGAAUCAACUAAAAGUCUUAAUUUUUCUUCCCCUGAUAAAAUCCAUCUCUCAGAUUUGGGGUGGAAAAAGUGUGUAUAUUCUACUGACUGUUCUGAGGUUGGGCUUACUCUAUUAGGAGACUCAGCAGAAAAUGUGCUUACUUUGAAGAGGUUUUCUAAGCAAAAGGUGAAAAUGCUGGGAAAGGAAGCACAAGUUUUCAAAGAGAAAGCUUUGAUCAAAGGCAUGAACUCUUCGGCUUGUAUACCACAAGUUGUGUGCACCUGUGCUGAUCGAGCAUAUGCUGGGAUACUAUUAAAUACAUGCCUUGCCUGUCCAUUGUCUUCCAUACUUACAAGUCCUUUUGGUGAAUCAUCUGCACGAUUUUGUGCUGCUUGUGUUGUUACCGCCUUGGAAGAUUUACACAAGAAUGGUGUUCUUUACAGAGGGGUAUCACCUCGUCUUCUGACUUUGGACCAAACUGGAUAUAUACAGCUAGUGGACUUCAGGUUUGGGAAGAAGCUCUCAGAUGAAAGAACGUUCACAAUUUGUGGAAUGGCAGACUCCUUGGCUCCGGAGAUUGUUCUUGGAAAAGGCCAUGGCUUCCCUGCUGACUGGUGGGCUUUGGGAGUUCUUAUUUAUUUUAUGUUACGGGGUGAGAUGCCUUUCGGAUCGUGGAGAGAAAAUGAACUUGAUACGGUGGCCAAAAUCGCAAAACGGAAGCUAAACCUUCCAGAAACUUUCAGCCCAGAGGCUGUUGAUCUCAUCACUAAGUUACUUGAUGGUGACGAAAGCACCAGACUUGGUAGCCACGGUCCUGAUUCAGUCAAAAGCCAUCCUUGGUUUAGUGGCGUUGACUGGGAAGGGAUAAGAAGCCAUAGCUUUCCUGCUCCUCCAGAAAUUAUCUCCCGUAUUAGUCAAUACAUGGAAAUUCAUUCUGAGGAUUGCACUGGUUCCCAAGUUUCCCCCUCACAGGAGGUAGAUGAACUUAACAUUCCUGAAUGGCUUGAGGACUGGUAGCAGAAUGAUUCAGGGUUUCAUGUUCUUAUAACAUUUUGAUGUUUUGCCGUGCACCAUGGCUCAUUGAAACACUUGCAACCCAAGAAAUCGCUUAGAAGGCAGUUGCAUGGAAAAAUGCUUAGAAACCAACAUAUCCAAGUGCUUCUCCAUAAUUCCUUUUUUUUUUUUUGGCAGCAUGACUAUGUGGUUGCCGUGUGUCUGCAAUGGAUCCAAGUAUAUGCUAUUUGCUUUGCUGUUUUUUUUUUCUUGUUUGCAUUUAUUGAAAAUUGGAGAAUAGAUAGCGUAGGUAGGUUAUAUACCUCUCACACCAUCCUCAGUUCCUUUUUUCUUUCGAGGUAGUUCCCUCCUGUGUAAAUUUCAUAUAUAGAAUGUACAGGAGCGAGUUUAUUUCAUUUGGAACUGAAAAAUGCCUACUUUUCAUCAAUUUACAAAUUA